AUGUCCUCCAACGUCGGCCUGACCACUCCCCGCGGAAGCGGCACAUCAGGCUACGUGCAGCGCAACUGGGCAUUCAUGAAGCCGCGUAACGCCGGGUACGGCGCGCCGUACCCGCCCGUGUCGGCCGCGAACGCGGAGACGCGGUCCUUCCGGCAGCGGCAGCCGGACAAGCAGAUUCUGGAGCAUGACCGGCGGCGGGCGGUGGAGGUGAAGGUGAUGGAGGAGCGGGAGCGGCUGGAGGAGGAGAACGAGAGGGUGGAGGAAGAGGGGGAGGGGGCCGGGGGGACGGUGCUGUCGGAGGAGGAGAUCGAGGCGCGGUGUGAGGAAUUGCGGGGGCGGUUGUUGAGGGAAAUGGAGGAGGGAGGGGGAGGGAAGGAGGGGGAGAGGGGGGUAAAGAGGGAGAAGGGAGGAGAGAAGAGGCAGUUCAAGACGUAUCAGGUGCAUGAGCUUGCGGAGGCGAAGAUUGAGGAGAGCGAGCGGUUGCGGAGGGCGCUGGGAAUUCGGGAGGAUCGGGAGACGGGGGAGAUUUCGAGUGGGAGGGGGAAUGGGGAGGGGAGGAAGAGGGAGAGCGGGAGAGAGAGGGAGAGGGAGAGGGAGAGGGAAAGGGAAAGAGAGCGGUACUAG